GGAGCGCGGCCUGGGCGCGAUGGAGGCGCUGCGGCGGCCGGCGCUGCCCGAGGACGCGGUGCGCUACCGCCUGUUCGCGGCGGCGGCGGCGGGCCCGGGCGGCGAGGCGCUGCUGCGGCGCUGCGCGGAGCUGGCCCUGGUGCGCUUCGCCCCGCUCCUGGCCGCCUACGUGUGGCAGCGGCAGCCGUUCCGCCUGCGCUACGUGCCGCGCCGCGGCGAGACCCCGGCGCACAUCGGCGGCACCACCCUGUUCGGGGAUAAUGUGGAGGAUGAGUGGUUCAUUGUGUACCUGGUCCGGGAGAUCACCAGGGAGUUCCCGGGGCUGGCAGCCAGGAUUGAUGACAACGAUGGAGAGUUUCUCUUGAUAGAAGCAGCUGAUUUUCUCCCAAAGUGGCUGAAUCCUGAGAACAGUGAAAACAGGGUGUUCUUUUACAAAGGAGAGCUGCACAUCAUUCCACUGUCUGAGACUUCGGAGCAGGACUGGGACCUCUCUGCUCCCUGUCCCACCAUCCCACAGGCGUUGGCACUGUUAUCAACCCGCUCCGAGGAGUUCCUGGCUGCAGAGCCCAUCAGAGCUGCCGUGUAUAAACGCAUCGAUGGGUAUCCCGAGAAGAUCCAGGCCUCGCUGCACCGAGCCCACUGCUACCUCCCGGCCGGCAUUGUGGCCGUGCUGAGGCAGCGCCCGUCCCUGGUGGCUGCAGCAGUCCAGGCCUUCUACCUGCGGGAUCCAGGUGAUUUGCGGGCCUGUCGGCGCCCUUUCAGAACCUUCCCUGCCGACCAGCGUGUGAUGACCCUGGUGACUUUCACUCGGUGUUUAUAUGCACAGCUGGUGCAGCAGAAGUUUGUUCCAGACAGACGCAGUGGAUACACCCUGCCCACCCCUUCCCAUCCUCAGUACAGAGCCUACGAACUGGGCAUGAAACUGGCUCAUGGCUUUGAAAUUCUGUGCUCCAAGAGCAGUGAAGUAGCUCCUGAUGCCAAGAGAAAUGUAUUAAGCGGUCCUCUGUGGGAGAGAUUCCUCAGGAGCUUGAAGGAAAAAGAUUAUUUCAAGGGAGAAAUUGAAGGAUCUGCAAAGUACCUGGAACUGUUGCAUAUGGCAGAAGAUCACUUCCAGCAAUCUGUUGCUGUGCCAGAAAGCUCUGUUGAAGUGAGCCCAGGUGAUGAAAUCCUGACACUACUACAGACAACAUCCAUUGAUUUGAAGGAAUUUGAGAGAGAAGCAGCUUGUCUUCCUCCAGAGGAUGAUGACAGCUGGCUGGAUAUUACACCAGAUGCUCUGGAUCAGGUGCUGAAGGAGGCAAGAAAUGAGUCCCUUCCUUCCACAAAUGAGGAAGAGCAAAAAUAUGACUUGGAAACAGUUGCUGAGAGCAUGAAGGCUUUUGUGUCCAAAGUCUCCACACACGAAGGAGCAGAAAUGCCAUGGUCAUCUGAUGAAUCGCAUGUUACCUUUGACAUGGAUUCUUUUUCGAAAGCACUGGACAGAAUUUUAGGGGCAGACUCGGAGGAGCUGGAUUCUGAUGAUCUGGAUGAAGAGGAGGAGUUUGAUUUCUCAGAUGAGGAUGAUAAAGACCUGGAUGCAGGGAAUCAAAGGCAGGAGCAGAAGGUGUCUCCUGGGGAGCUUGUGGGCAGCCUCAAGGCAUACAUGAAUGAGAUGGACCGUGAGCUGGCACAGACCAAUGUUGGGAGAAGUUUCACCACCCAAAAGAGAGGGGCAAGUUCUGUUGAAGCAGCCACAUCUGAGAGUGCUGGCCCUGAUUCUGGAGCUGAGGAUGCUGAGCUGGCACCCGUGGAUGUGGACAUGAACCUGGUGGCAAACCUGCUGGAGUCCUACAGUGCCCAGGCUGGCCUGGCAGGACCCACCUCGAACAUUUUACAGAGCAUGGGGGUGAAUUUACCUGAGAACACAGAUCUCACUGGCUCGAGCAGCUGAGCAAUGCAGGGGGAAACUUUGGAAAAGGUGGUGGGUGGGGAAAUGAAGCACAGACAUACGAGCAGGAUGUGGAAGAAGAGGCCAAAGCUUUUAAUUUUGAGCAUUCUCUUCAUUAUGUGUCACUUGCAAGAUGUCUUGGUGCACGGAGGGAUGUGCCUACAGUGCUGCCAAAGCUUGGGGCAGUGCUGAAGGAGCAGCAGGAGUGGGGCAGCAGCGACCCAGCUCCCACCUGGGCAGGAAGAGGUGAGCUCAGGAUCCCAGGCACAUGAGAAGAUGGGGAUAGGUCCCUCUUCUAGUGAGGGAGGUGAUAAUAAGGUCCCAGUUCAGUGGCUGCUCUCACAAGCAGUGGCUCACCCCGCAGCAGCAGCAGCAGCUCUGGGCUGGGUUACAGCAGUGGCAGCGAAUUUCCUUCCCCAAGCUGCAGCUUCAACUGUCCUCUUCUGAAGCCAGGAGACACAGAGCUAGCCGCUGACAGACCAUUCUUAACUGUGAGGUGUCUGAUGGCAAAAGUGAGAUAGUGAGAUUUUUGCUCAGCACGUGUGAGUUGUUCUUCCUCUUCCAAGGAUAGUCCAAAAGGCUCACCUUCAGGCCAGUUUGUGAUGAUUUCCAAGAGCCCAGUGUGAUUUGGAUUUCCCAUCUGAGCUUGUUGUGUAAUGAGGGUAAUCCACUCACUCCAGGGAGCAUCACUGGCAGGAUGGAUUGCAGAGACUUUUCCUUGGAACACACAGCCCAGCGUUUGGCAGUGGGGAUGAACAGGCACUGGGGUGACCCUGAGAGUAAGUGCAAGGCACAGGGUGCAGCUGAGGCAGGACAGCCCUGUGCUGGGCUAAGAGGUGAAGCUGUGACAGCCCAGUGUGAAGAAGGUCAUUUCUCCACUCCCUGUUACUGGGGAGCUUGGGCCUUGCUGCAGAGAUACAGCUGCUGAUUUGAGCAGCUCUCACUCCUGAAUUUAUUGUCAGCCAGGUACACACACUCGGAAUUGCCAAGAACAGGAACCCUGCAAGGAGGAGCAGAGACAGAACCGCCCCCUCCGCCUGCUGCGAGCUGGGACACAACCCACCGCGGGUCCCACCUGUGCUGGAGCCGCCUCCAAGCUCCCCCGCUGCUCGCCAAGUUUUGCUUUUCGCUGCAACUCCGGUGGGACCCGAACGCCCCCUGCUCCCAGCGCCGCAGCUCCGAACAAGCUCGGCACAGUUCAUCAACCACGCCCCAUGUGCGAGGGGCUUUGGCUGGGUUGAGGAACCCAUGUGCGGGAGCGCAGCCAGUCACGGUGGGGAGGGAGACCAGGUGGGCAGAGGAUACGAGAGGCGAUGUUGGUACCUCAGCUGCCGGGUCAACCAGAUCGGGGGCACAGGGCGAGGCUCCGGCGCUGGUUUCUAGGGAGCUUUUGAUGUCGCAGAAACUUCUUUUUUUCGGUUUUCAACUCUAACUUAUCUACAUGACAGCCUAGAGAUCAGGUCAAUAUAUUUUAUUCCCUCUUGUGGCUUCAUCUUGUUGUUUCACAAUUCCCUGAUGACCAGGAGUUAAGAAGUUCUCUAAUUCUCCUCCGGGGCUCUGGUUUGUGUCACCGAUAUCUUAGCACUUAGAGAAGUCAGUCAGAAGAUGGGGAAACAAUUUUAUUGAUUUAUACAGUUUUCUAGGUUACACAGAAGUAUUGUAACGCUUUGUA